GUGGAAAUCAACAACCCAGGGUGCUAUAAUACUGUGUGUGUGGAGCUGGAUAUUCAGAGCCUGGCGGUAAACAGUAUCUUGCAGUCACAUCACAUUAAUGACCUUGAAGGUGCUGGCAGUAUAGGCAUCAGCUUUGAUGUACUGCAGCAGGCAUCCCUUGAAGAUAUGGUUACUGGAAACCAGGCAACAGCUGUUGCUAGUUACGACGAGACAGCGCUUUGCUCAAACACCUUCAGGAUUUUGAAGAGCAUGGUGGUGGGUUGGGUAAAGGAGAUUACUCAAUACCAUAAUGUCUAUGCAGACAAUCAAGUUAUGCAUUUUUACCGAUGGCUACGAACUCCAUCCUCACUUCUUUAUGACCCUGCU